CCACAUGUGUAAUGAAGCACGUAAUUUCAAUUUUGCAAAAACUUUGCAAUGCUCAAGUAAAUUUCAUGAGACCUGGCUGCUUAUCUUCAGCUAAAAAAGAGGUUCUGCUUCAGGGUGGGUUUCGUAGAGAUUAGUAGUAAGCAAUUAUUUUGUCUCGGCCGAUUAAUUGGCUGACAUGAGUGCAUUUUCAGGUUAUCAACAUCAGCUGAAAACUCUCCUAGUGCAUUAGUGCUGGAUGAGUGCUUGUGUUUAUUUGUGUGUUCUGCUUGGAAAGCACCGGUUAAAGACAACAUUCCUUCACUAACCAUUUAAUCCGAAUACUACAGGAAAAGUUAUGUCUCACAGCAUGAGCCGUCUGCUCUCUGUGCUGUCCUGAUUCAUAAUUAUAGAGCCAGUAACUCUAUCAGCCCUCCUGCAGCUCUGUGGAUGAGUUUUGCAUGUCUGAGGGACACUUCCCUAAACACAAACCUAAAGCUUCAAAGAGAGAAUACUUCCUUUCCUGUUAGUUCCUGUCUUGUAAUCUUGUUCAUGACAUGAUGUUUUCAUCACUAAAAAGGAACAUGUGGUUUACCAAAUUUGGAAAAAUUAGACUAGCUUUUAUUUAGGUUAAACUUUAAGUAUGCAUCUUCAGUUUGGAGUGGCAGAGUAGACAGUUACUGCAUUUCUGAAGAAUCUUGAAGUUAAUGCAUGUUUCAUACUGUCCUGAGGGGUAAGUGAAAAUCUGCUCGCAUUCUGUUCCAUUCAGAAUUCCAAACUGAUCCAUUAGAGACUUAUAAUACAGACUUAUGUAUAAAAAAAAUUAAUAAAAAAUACAUUAAAAAAAGUCAAAUUGUUGUGAAAUACAUGGGUGUUUGUUUUGUGUAUGUGAAAAUUCAUUGUUUCCGUUGUUUUCCUAGUUUUUUGUUUGUUUGUUUGUUUGUUUGUUUGUUUGUGCUUGCUUUUGCUUAUCUUUUUAAGCUUUCCCAUUCCGGGUCUAGACUACAAGUACACGCUUGUUUUUGUGAGCACUUACUUCUUUUGUAAGAGCUGUCAGCAGUUAAUCAAAAUGUUGACAAUCACAAUGCUUUCCCCAUUCUCUCACAGUUUACCAGACUUGAGUUUGAGUUGCAACAUUUACAGUCCUAGAAAGUUUAAAAUACUCCCCAGGGCCCUGUAGAUUAUCUGAAGUGGUGUGUAGAUAGAACAAUAGUGACCAGAGCAUGCCAGCACACACAAGCAUGUAAAGUAUUCUGAGACACCACACCGAGCUCAGCAGCAUUGCCUAAAUGCCUAUACCUCCCUAAACAUGAUCAAAGAUGCAGGAUUUCCCUCAGUUGUCCCUCAUAUUUCUCAUUCUGUAUUCACUCAGAUAACAGUCUCACACACAUACUGUAUUGUACACACGUCCCUUUGGGUUUUGACAGAUUGGAGUUAUCAUCAUGUUACUCAAGAACAUGGGACAGACAAAAAGGUUCAAACAGUUGUUUGGCUUUGUGUCAAAAGGAAAGAUGGAAAACAGAAAGAUAUACAAUAGCCCUUCUGAAAACUUAUACACACAUGUGCCAGUCGUUUUCACUCCUAGACUCCAGACAGUGUUUGGAAAAUAGCCAGGCAUUUUUCCCUCUAAACAGAGGAAAUAAGAGUAUUGAAUCUUGAGUAUAUUAGAGGUGCUACCUCUGAAACAUCUGUGAUUUGUUAGAAUGAAAGAGUUGAGGGAUGUGAUAGUAAUAUUUUUUUUAAUAAUUUAUUUGUUAGGUCAAUAUCAGAACCUUUCAAAAUGGUGUUAAAAGUGUAUACAUGUGUUAGUGAGUGAAAGAGAGAAUGGGUUUUUUUAAGUGAUUAGUAAACCUGAAAGUUUUGCCUGUUUUCAGAAUGCAUGCACAUCAUAUACGUAUAGUGCCUAUAGUUUUUGUAAUGUGAAUUUGUUUGUGUGUGUGUAUGUAUAAAGUGACUAUUGUUGUUUCACAGUGAGGUUACAGUUUAAACAUACUUUGGUGGCAGUGCAAAAGACAUUGUUUAGGCAUGUCUGUUUUAAGCAUGCACUUCAAAACAUUUGCAUAUGUGGUUUCUUUGUGUGUGUGUGUGUGUGUGUGUGUGUGUGUGUUGUGUGUGUGUGUGGUUAGUUUUUGAGAAUUUUGCCCCCCAGAAUCUCCCAUAUUUGUCACUGUGGUUAUGAUUGAACUCACGUCUCUUUUUCCCCAAUCGCUAUCUCGGUUCAUUCAUUCAGUAGCUCCUUUUUUUCUCCUGUUCUGCAUAUCUAGCUCUCCAUGCAUCUUAAGACCUCAUUUGACACUUAAUUAACUAUGAAGUUUGCGCAUAUGGUUUAAAUGAUUUUUCUGUCUCAGAACAUGUGGUGAUUUUUUUUUAUGCUUCAGUGCUGAAAUCAUCACUCACUUUUUUGAAGUUCUUAUGCCAAACUCCAUACAACAAUUUAUUUUGCAGUUAUUGAACAAAUAAUGUAUUUGUUGAUCAUACUGUUUACAAUGAUAUUUAGAAUCCAAUGUAAUAUCCAGUAUUACAAUGUUAUUACUUAUGUUUAAAAAAAACAAAGAUGUUAAAGGAAUAGUUCACCCAAAAAUUAAAAUCCUGUCAUCAUUUAUUCAGCUUCAUUUAGUGUCAAACACAUAUUAUUUUCCUUCUUCCACGCAACACAAAAGGAGAUAUCUUGCAUAAUGUCAAAGCUGCUGUUUUCCACACAAUGAGACCAUACAGUGACCAGAGGCUGUCAAGCAUCAAAAAGGACAAAAAAAGUGCCAUAAAUAUAGUAACUUGUGCAUUGUAUUCCAAGGCUUGUUAAGCCAUACAAUGGUCUUACGUGAGGAACAGACCAAAAUGUUAAAUGUUUUUCAAUGAUAAUCUUCCCCUCUACCAUAGCACUCAAAUCAUCAUGGAAUUGGGUAGAUCAAAUGUUAGCACAUUCAGCCAUCUACAGUAUAAGUAUGUAUGGACUAUUUUAAUGGAGCUUCGUCAUUAUCCAAAAUAUCUACUUUUGUGUUCCAUUGAAGAAGCUAUUUAUUUAUGUGUGAACUAUCCCUUUAAGUUUUCAAAUUGAACCUAAGUAGGACAUGUAACCCCUUAAAUAUUUAUUCUUGGUUUUCAUUCGACUUGUUAUUUUUCAGUGAUGUGGACAAGCUUACCAAGCUGCGGCCGCAGUGGAAAACAGCACGUCCAGAGGUGCCACUAGCAUGUGUGUUUCACGCAUGCUUCUGAUGCAGCGUGCAUUUUCAAAACGCACAUUCUUAAACACACAUGUGGUUUCUAUAGUUAACUCUGCUAAAGUCACUCUGGAAUCCUAUCCAAUGGGCGGGUUUCAUAAAUGCUCUUUCCUAAACUUGGAAUCUCUGAAUAGAAAUCAUGAUUAAUCUUUGAGAAAAAAGGAAGCUAUGCCAUUCUUUGGCUUAGACUGUACGCGGAGGAAAGAGAAAGAAGUGGAGAGGAAAAUCAGAGCAAACGACAGAGAAUAUAACUUAUCCUUCAAAUAUGCUACCAAUGCCAUCAAGACCUCCAAAUACAACCUCUUCACCUUUCUGCCCCUCAACUUGUUUGAGCAGUUCCAGAGGAUCGCCAAUGCCUACUUCCUCUUCCUGCUCAUACUACAGGUUAUUCCUGCUAUUUCAUCUCUGUCGUGGUUCACCACUGUUGUCCCUCUGGUGUUGGUACUGUCAGUGACUGCAGCCAAAGAUGCCAUUGAUGAUAUUAAUCGCCACAGAAGUGACAGGCAAGUGAAUAACCGUAAGGUGGACAUGCUCAUCAAUGGAAAACUGAUAAGCGAGAAAUGGAUGAAUGUGCAAGUGGGUGAUAUCAUCAAGUUAGAGAACAAUGAGUUUGUAACAGCAGAUCUGCUACUGUUGUCCAGCAGUGAACCUCUCAACUUGGUCUAUAUUGAGACUGCAGAGCUGGAUGGAGAAACCAACCUGAAGGUGAAACAGUCUCUGACUGUAACAGGAGACAUGGGAGAAAAUUUAGAGGCUUUGGCUGCAUUCAAUGGGGAGGUGUGUUGUGAGCCUCCUAAUAAUCGUCUGGAUCGCUUUACGGGCACGCUGACUUCGGGCACGCAGAAACACUCGUUGGACAAUGAACGAAUUCUGCUGAGGGGCUGCACACUCAGAAACACAGACUGGUGCUUUGGCAUGGUGCUGUUUGCAGGCCCUGAGACCAAGUUGAUGCAAAACUGUGGAAAAAGCAUUUUUAAGAGGACCAGCAUUGAUCGGCUCAUGAAUGUACUGGUGCUCUUUAUUUUUGGUCUCCUUGCUCUGAUGUGCAUUAUUCUGGCUGUGGGGCAUGGGAUCUGGGAAUACCAAGAGGGAUCAAAGUUCACUGCAUUUCUUCCAAGGGAAGAGAGCAUUGCAUUUUCAGCAUUCCUCACGUUCUGGUCCUACAUUAUAAUCCUCAACACUGUGGUGCCCAUCUCACUUUAUGUCAGUAUGGAGGUGAUUCGUUUAGGCAACAGUUACUACAUCAACUGGGACAGGAACAUGUAUCAUGCGCGAACUAACACACCUGCUGAAGCUCGUACCACAACACUUAACGAAGAGCUUGGACAGAUCAAGUACAUCUUCUCAGACAAGACUGGCACCCUAACACAGAACAUCAUGACCUUCAACAAGUGCUCCAUCAAUGGGAAAUCUUACGGAGAUGUUAUUGACUGCUGCAGUGGACAGAGACUGGAGAUCACAGAGGAUAUGACACCAGUGGAUUUCUCCUUUAACUGGCUUGCGGACCCAAAGUUCCUCUUCUAUGAUCACAGUCUGGUAGAGGCUGUAAAUUUGGAGCUUCCAGAGGUUCAUGCUUUCUUUAGGUUACUCGCUCUCUGUCACACUGUCAUGGCAGAGGAGAAAAAGGAGGGUGACCUGGUGUACCAGGCCCAAUCUCCUGAUGAGGGCGCACUGGUCACAGCUGCACGUAAUUUUGGCUUUGUAUUUCGCUCGCGGAGCCCUGAGACAGUGACGAUAGAAGAGAUGGGGAUUCAGAGGAGCUAUGAGCUGCUGGCCAUCCUGGACUUUAACAACGUGCGCAAAAGGAUGUCUGUGAUUGUUCGUAAUCCAGAGGGCAAGCUCUCCCUGUACUGUAAAGGAGCAGACACCAUCAUAUAUGAGAGACUGCAUCCCUCCUGUAGCAAACUGAAGGAAGUCACCACAGAUCACCUCAAUGAAUUUGCUGGGGAAGGGUUGAGGACUCUUGUUUUAGCCUAUAAGGAUCUGGAUGAGGAGUAUUUUGCAGAGUGGAAACAGCGCCACCAUGAGGCCAGUGUUGCACUGGAUGACCGGGAGGAGAAUCUAGACAAGCUUUAUGAAGAGAUAGAGAAAGACAUGCUGUUGAUUGGGGCUACAGCCAUAGAGGAUAAACUUCAGGAUGGAGUUGCUCAUACCAUUGAGCUGCUGGCCAAAGCAGAAAUCAUGAUCUGGGUGCUCACUGGGGACAAACAAGAGACAGCUGAGAACAUUGGAUACUCCUGUAACCUACUAAGGGAGGAAAUGAACGAAGUGUUUAUAAUUGCAGCUAACUCACCUGAGGAAGUCAGACAGGAGCUGAGGGAUGCCCAUCUAAAGAUGUGCCCUGCUACCGAACAAGAUAAAUUCCUUAUUCCUGAGACUAUACUGGGUAAUACUCCUAAAGUGGUGCAGGAUGAAAAUGUGAGCGGAGAAUAUGGACUGGUGAUAAAUGGACAAAGCCUGGCGUUUGCUCUAGAGAGCAGCAUGGAGCUGGAGUUUUUGAGGACAGCGUGCAUGUGUAAAACGGUUAUAUGCUGUCGGGUGACUCCUCUGCAGAAAGCUCAGGUUGUGGAGCUGGUCAAGAAAUAUAAGAAAGCAGUCACUCUAGCCAUCGGAGAUGGAGCUAAUGAUGUGAGCAUGAUUAAAGCAGCUCAUAUAGGUGUCGGCAUCAGUGGUCAGGAGGGGAUGCAGGCAGUGCUGUCCAGUGAUUUCUCAUUUGCACAGUUCCGUUUCCUGCAACGCCUCCUGCUGGUGCACGGACGCUGGUCGUACCUGCGCAUGUGCAAGUUCCUGCGUUACUUCUUCUAUAAGAACUUCACCUUUACCUUUGUGCACUUCUGGUAUGCUUUUUUCUGCGGUUUUUCCGCUCAGACAGUAUAUGAUGAGGGCUUCAUCACUCUGUAUAACUUGGUAUACACAGCACUGCCUGUUUUGGGAAUGAGCCUGUUUGACCAGGAUGUGAAUGCCGGCUGGAGUCUUGAGUUCCCUCAGCUGUAUGUGCCGGGGCAGUUGAGGAUGUACUUCAGUAAAGGUGCUUUCAUGAUGUGCGCACUUCACAGCUGUUACAGCUCUCUAGUGCUCUUCUUCAUACCUUACGCUGCCACAUACGAUACGGCGAGAGACAACGGGAGAGAUGGUGCAGAUUAUCAGUCAUUUGCACUGAUAACUCAAACCUGCCUCACUGUCACUGUGUGUGUACAGCUGGGACUGGACCUCUCGUAUUGGACUGUUGUUAACCAUCUCUUUGUUUGGGGAAGUUUGGGAAUGUUUUUCAUUUUGACCUUCACCAUGUAUACCGAUGGACUGUUCCGGUUACAUCCACCUUCUUUUGCAUUCAUAGGCACUGCCCGGAAUUGCCUCAACCAGUCUAACGUAUGGCUGACUGUUACCUUGACAACUGUACUGUGUGUGCUGCCUGUGGUUGCUCAGCGGUUCCUCCACAGUCAGACCUCUCCUACCAUCAACGACAAGGUGAGGUAUAAAGUUCGUCAGAUGAAGGAGCCUGCUCCACGUCCACGGCACGCUAAGCUCAGCCGCAGGAGCACGCGUCGCUCUGGUUACGCCUUCUCUCACGCCCAAGGCUAUGGUGACCUCGUGACGUCUCGCAGGUUCCUUCGGCGACCUGCACCUGCCCGCUCCACGGGCUUCACUCCAACUGGGCGAUCUCCUGGGUUCAAGCCAAUGGGUCGGUCUGCAGGGUACAGUCCAGUCGGGCAAGAACAGAACCACAAACAGAAAGUAGAACCCACGUCACUGCAGAUGUUCCGUGCUGUUAAAGACCCUUCCUUUUGAGGAUGGAAUUCGGGGAGCUUUUGAAGCAGAACUAGAACCAGAACUUUAAAAGUCGUUUACAGGGUUUGAACUCUUGGGGACAAUUUUACUGCUACUGCCCCUGCAGAAAUGACAAGCUGAGACCUGCAUGAAUUUCCAGGCUGGUUUUGUGCUGGUUUGGUGAUAGAUAAUCUGGCGGAACACAGCCAUCCUGUUUAACAGCAAAACUUAGCUGGUUGGCCAAGGAAGUCUUGCUGGUUAAGGUAGUUGAGACCAAAAACAUACUUUUGGUUAUCAGCUAUGCUGGUCCUUUCAUCAGGGGUGUUAUGUAAUGUUGAUAUGUAUUUAAAUGUAUUUACAUGCACACUAAGAACAAUAGACUUGAUUUCUAAAUGUACGAAGUAUUGUUAGGGACUGUGCACAGACACUUCUGUCGAUCUGUCCCAGAAACACACUGAAAAUGCACAUGUGGUUUACAGCAAGGACGAACUGGCAGAAGUAUUCUUCAUACUUCUCUACUGUCUUCACUAACAUGGGAGCAACAGACAUAAACUAUAAGAGGACAGAAAUUGUCAAAGCAGAGCACAGUGAUGUCAUAGAGGAAGUCGAAACAGUGAAAGGCGUGAUAUAGUCUGUUCAGUUCAAAACCAUCUAAUCACCAUUUCUUGUUCGCUUCCUCUUCCAGGUACUACAGCAUGUUCACUAACACCCUCUGAAUGCUGGGUUCAUUCUACAACACACCCUACAUUUUAGUAAUUUAAUUACUUAAAGGGGUCAUAUAUAUUUAUUUAUAAUUUUUCCCCCUCUGUGGCCAACCUACAAUGUUAAUUAAGGUUUCUUGCAGCAAAAACAGCCAUAACUUUGCUUUUUGUGGCCAUCUCACCCCCUUUAUCUUACCUUUAAAAUAAUAGUCAAUUUUUAGUACCCAUUGUUGAAAUACUGGCAAAUCCGCUCUUGAAAUUUGCCUGCAUAAGAAAUUGUAACAUUGCCAGAAAUGUUACUUGAUAUGUGUGAACAAAGACAUGAGAUUUGCGGUUUGAGCACGCUUGAGCACAAGGUUAGGAUGCUCUGAAGUAAGAUGUCUGCUGUCUAGAGUUCCAAAAGUUAGAGUAUGUUUACAUAUUAUAUCAACCUAUUUUAUUUUAUUUAUUUUUUCAUGGUAUGUCCCCUUUAAGGGCGAGCUGGAAAUAUAUUAAUAAAGCAACUUGAAUAUAGAGACUUUAAUACCUAUAAAGUGCCUUGGAUAUGACUGAGAAAAUGUUAGAAAUUCUCUUUUUUAAUUACAGUUUGUAAGGUUUGGGGAUAUCACAUUUUUGCUAUCCGUUUUAAGUACAAUAAAAAAACUUUCUGAAUACAGCUUUUCAGCAUACAUAAUAAUACAUCAUAAUCCAUACUGUAAUUUUACAACACAAAUCAUUCUGUAUAAGCAAAUUUUGUAUACAUUUUGUAUAAAAUCCAUUUUGAAUAAAUAAAAAACGUAUUUUCUG